AUGAACACGUGGAGCGUGUUAGACCAAGUGCACGAGAUCCGGCCGAUGAGCCAAAUCGUCGACAAACUGGUGACGACGUCGUCCUGCUCGGCCUCGAUGUUCAGCACCAGCUCCCUUCCAAUGGCUGUCAGUGCGGUUCUUGGCUGUGUCACUGCCGUAGGGUCUUACGAUCUUCGAUUGAGAUUUAAUGGCGUUUUGCAGGUUCUGGCUGGAACUCUCUUCCCGAAGUCGGUGUUCGCGCCUUUGAGCAUCCGGAAAUCCUUGAAGGAGCUGACGGCGGAGCGUCAUUCGAAGCUCGACGUCGUUGACGUCUUCCGAUUCGUCGCCAUCCUUUGGGUCAUGCUCAAUCACACCGGCAGUGAGGGACGUGUUGAUAUUCUGGAUCGUCUGCCUUCGGCUGACGCCUUCAAGGUUUGCUCUUCAAAAAUGAAGCUUGAAGAUUCUCCAGCACCUUCUAAGAAACUCAGUAACCUUUUUAAGAAACCCAUCUGAUCAAUUACGGUUUUACGGUUGUACCUUCUGGUUAAAUAGAACUUAUAAAAGUACCUCCAUAAACUCCACCAUUCUGACCUCACUUCUAUCUUCUAAGAGGAUCAUCAAAAUUCCCGUCUUCAGAAAGCCGUCCACGACCACCCGAUUUUCGGCGCUCUUCUUGGAAACUCAGCCCUGGGCGUCGAGAUAUUCCUGGUCCUUUCUGGCCUCCUAGCCGCUAGAUCCUGGCUCCGACUGGCGGAUCAGCCUUUCUGGCCUCACUUUUCUCGAUUCAUCUUCCGCCGUUUACUCCGCCUGGCUCCUUCCAUGUUCGCCUUCGUCUUCAUCGCCACAGGACCCAUUAUGCAGUACCUUUUGCCUAGGUUUUACCCCAAAUGUCUUUAAAAAGCGAACACUUUAUUCAGGUACACUUCUUCGAUGAUAUCCGCUUGUGGAACCAGCGGAAUCCUGUCACAUUUGACGUUCACGAGCAACUUCCAGGCGACACCCACCUGCAUGGGUUAUCUGUGGUACCUUGGCUUAGAUAUGCAGGUUGGAAGAUUUUUUGGGAAUGGCUUCUAGAAAAAAACGUUUUCAGUUAUUCAUAGCCGCGCCGUUCUUCCUCCAUUUGCUGCACAAAGUGCCUCGUCGCGGAUUCGCCACGAUUUUUGUCACCGUCCUCGUUUCUGCGGUACUACGGUCCGGUUACUGUAUCUCCUAUGAAACUUGCAACAAGAGCGACGUUGAUAUUCCGGUUAGUUCUUUAAGGGUGGAACGAUUUAGAAAAACAAAUUCCUCAAUUCAACUUCUAUGAUUGCAGUUCAUCUCCUACCCGGGCCAGGACCAAGCCUCGCUCAGCUCGAUCUACGCCGGUCUCUGGAACAUGUACUCUCGGCCUUGGACCAAGUGCGGUCCCUACCUUGUCGGCCUUCUUCUGGGCUACCUGACGAUGGUCUGGAAGGGCUACACGGUCUCCGAAGCGACGUCGAAGCGUCUCUUCUGGAGUUGCGCCGUCCUCGCCGUGGCGACUAUCUACGGCAUCUUGCCCGAGUAUUGGAAUCCAGACGCGGGGACGACGGCGUACAACGUCUUGUACACGUCGUUGUUCCGUACCGUAUUCGCCUUGGCUAUCGCUGGGAUGAUCUUCUCCCAUCAGUUCAGUCAGAAGAAGUUUUUCAGACGUUGAAGAUGUUGAAGAACACAAUUUUUCAGCACAACCAUCCCGGGAUUCUUCGGAAUUUUGGCCAAACUCACCUACAACGCCUACUUGCUUCACAUGCCGAUCGUGUACAUCUUCAACUGGCUUCCGUUUCUGCAGACGGCGACGUCGGCCCUGCAUCUUCUGAUUCUGCUACCCGCCGUGGCGACCUUGUCCUUUUCCGCCGCUGCAGUUUUCUACGUCUUUGUUGAAUCCCCAUUCUGCUCACUUGUUACUCCGUUUUUCGUUAGGCUUGGCUUUUUGUAG